AUGGGGAUCUUCACGCUCCAGAAGCUCGCCUCCCAAAUUACCAAAACACCCUCGAUCUCCUUGUCCUCGCGCGCCGUGAUCGCCCGCUACUGCGCCUCCGCCGUGCCGUCGUCCCGGUCGGCGAAGGUCGCCGAUAGAAUCGUGAAGCUGCUUGCGAUCGACCCGGACGGUAACCGGCAGGAGGUGGUGGGCCUCUCGGGCCAAACCCUUCUGAAGGCGCUGACCAACAAGGGCCUAAUAGAUCCUGCCUCGCACAGGCUUGAGGAGAUCGACGCCUGCUCGGCCGAGUGCGAGGUCCACAUCGCCCAGGAGUGGCUGGAAAAGCUUCCGCCGCCGUCGUACGACGAGCAGUACGUGCUGAGGAGGAAUUCUAGGAAUCGGGAGAUGAACAAGCACGCGAGGCUCGGGUGCCAGGUUGUUCUGUCGCAGGAAUUGCAGGGUAUGGUGGUCGCGGUCCCUGAGCAGAAGCCAUGGGAUACUCCGUGA